AUGUUCAAACAUCUUCCUCUUCAAUCAUCAACUGGUGCGCAUCAACCCCACGACCAAUGGACCUCAUCGUUCCGCGGUGCCAAGCACCUCGAGAGGAACUCACACUUGUUUGUGAUCAUCUACGGAAAACAUGAGUUCGGCGCACUCGUACCUCUUGGUACGCUUCUCUUGGAGUCAUCUCCUCGAGAUAUGGUCCACCAUCAAUGCUCCACACUGGGGAUCAGCAUCUCAAAGGAGUACCAGAAUUAUUAA